AUGAACUAUUAUUUAUUAGGAGGAAUAGCAGCUGGAAUUAUUUAUAGUCAAUUCAUUUCAAUAUCAGACGACCAUCAUCAUGAUAAAAUUGAAUCACAUGUUAAAAAAACAAUUGCUUUAGAUCCCACAGCAAAAUCGUGGAUUAGAGAAAAUGAAUUACACACUUUAUCGGGUGAUGCAUUAAUAGUUAGAAGCGUUAAAAAAAUUCACGACAACAAUCAUUCAUUGGAAAAUCAAUAUGAAGUAAUGUUAGCCCAUGGACAACAUAUUCUAAUUUACAUAGAAAAACCACCAUCCAUUGGAACAAAUAUUAAAACAGGUCUUUAG